AAAAUAAAGUGUGACAAUUUAAUGUAUCUGACUUAAACUAUCAAUUUGAAGUUUGUCUACGUCUUGUAGUGUCGCCAAAAUUUAUUGUGUAAUUUAAAAAUACUAAAUCAUUCAGAAAGAAAUGGAGCAGUAUUAUCAAGGCUAUGAAAAUGAUGAGAUCCUGGAUUGUCAUUGUUCACCAUACGCAGAAUGUCAACAGCAACAAGAAGAGCAAUACGAUGAUGAUUUAAAUUGCGACUGUUCACCUGAGGCACCUUGUCAAGAAUCUGAAGAAAACGGUGAAGAAUACGCAGAAGAAGAUGAGUUUGUUUGCGCAUGUUCACCAAACGCUAUAUGUAAAAAAUCUCCCCACGAAAGGCAGUUGCUGGAAUUAACUGAUAUUGGUGUGUUAAGACCUGAUAUGAAAACAGUAGACACAGAUCCUCUACUCGAAGAACCAUAUUCGACUGUAGAUCUAACAAAUUCGCAAGUACUUAUGACAGAUGUUCCAAAUGAAGAGGAGGUUUCUGGAUUGGACUCUAACGGUGGCGUAGUCUUUUACGAACCAGAUGACUUAUUUCUAUACGUCGCACCUCAAAGUCACAACCUACUGAUUCAAAGACAAAGACUCCUGGAUUCCUACAUAGAAGAUCUAUCGAUAAGUGAAGUAGAGGAAGCUGCAGUAGCAUUGCGGUUGUUGGUUAAUCUGUUCAGACAGAGACGAAUGGAUAUGAACAAGUUGGUACCCUUGUUCAGAAUUGCGAAGUCCGACCAGAUGCAAACAAGAGAUUGUGGGUGUCCCCUUUAAACUAUAUGUAUAUAAUUAAAUAAAGAAUUUGACCUCAGAAGAAAA